GAAUUGUCCAGUGCAGUGUCGGGAAACUGCAGCGUUUGAGAACCUACCAGUACCGGCAAAACAUGUGCGUCUCCUUUAAGAUAAACACGGGAAGCGGUAGCCACGUUUGCCUUGGAGGUACUAUGGCAGUUCAUUCUCAAAAGGAAUAACUAAAAUAACAUUUUAUUCACCUGUGUUUAAUUCCUCUCGUGGAUGGGAACUUGUGCGGUGACUGAAAUAGCACAACUGCCCGAGAAUGGCGUCCUCUUGGAUCACAGGAAUAUUUAUCGUUUACGUUUUUUCUGUCCACCCGGUGCCUACGUUUACAUGGGAUACAGACCUGGAGCUCUUUGACCUGGUGGAGGAAAUCCCGCAAAACUUUUAUGAAUUCUUAUCAGUGGAACAGGACGCCUCUUCCGCAGACAUCAGGAAGGCCUAUCGCAGGCUGUCUCUGACCUUGCACCCCGACAAGAACAAAGACCAGAACGCCGAGACCCAGUUCAGACAACUUGUGGCGAUAUAUGAAGUCCUGAAGGAUGAGGAGAGACGGCAGAGGUACGAUGACAUCCUGGUCAACGGGCUCCCCGACUGGAGGCAGCCCGUAUUCUACUACCGGCGGGUGAGGAAGAUGAGCAACGCCGAGCUGGGCAUCCUCCUCUUCCUCAUCCUCACCGUGGGCCACUACGCCGUCAUCUGGUCCAUCUACCUGGAGAAGCAGCUGGAUGAACUUCUGAGCAAGAAGAAGAGGGAGAAGAAGAAAAAGACGAGUAACAAGAGCCCAGAUGAGCUCAGGGCUGCGGGCUUGGACAAAAACGAGAGGUCCUUUGAGAAACCCCAUUGGCAGGACAUCCUACCACUCAAACUGAGCAUCUGGCUCUAUCUAUCAGUGAAGUCCCUUCCCCAUCUCGUACAGGACGUGAAACAAUACUACGAGGACUAUAAAGAGAUGAAGAUGAAAGAGAAGGAGGCGGCCGAGGCUCAGGCUGAACAAGAGGCUCUGCAGAAAGAGAAGAGGCCCAAAGUGAAGAAGCCCAAAGUGGAGCUCCCCGUCUACGAGCCCCCGUCGGUCAACAGCGCCUUCACGGUCUCCUAUGACCAGGCCUCGUCCAUCGAGGAGAUCGAGGACCAGAUGGACGACUGGCUGGAGGACAGGAAGUCGCAGAAGAAGAAGGCACUGGAGUGGACGGAAGAGGACCUCAGUCAGCUGACCCGCUGCAUGGUGAAGUUCCCCGGGGGCACGCCGGGUCGAUGGGAGAAGAUCGCUCACGAGCUGGGCCGCACGGUGGCUGACGUUACUUCAAAGGUGAAGCAAGUAAAAGACUGCGUCACCAACACAUCAGGCCUGGUGAAGCUGUCGGAGCUGCGGGCGGGGCCCCCGGUGGGGCGGCCCCUCAGGCCCGGGGUCCUGCCCGACAGCAUCAUCACGCAGCGGGAGGAGGAGGCCCCCGAGGAGGAGGGCGAGGCCGGGGUCAGGCGGAGGAGGGCCGGCCGGACCGCGGCGGAGGAGCGGGAGAAGCCCAAGGGCCGCAGGCAGCGCGACUUCGACCCCGCCUCGCUGGAGGAAGACAGCGGGGACGAGAGGAAGCCCUCUGACGACGUGUGGACCCAGAACCAGCAGAAGCUGCUGGAGCUGGCCCUGCAGCAGUUCCCCCGCGGCACCGCCGAGCGCUGGGACCGCAUCGCCAAGGUGGUGCCCGGGAAGAGCAAGGAGGAGUGUAUGAUUCGCUACAAGCUGCUGGCCGAGCUGGUGCAGAAGAGGAAACAGGCGAAAAGCUGAGUCCUGUACGCCAACGCUCACCCGUCUGCCUGUCACGUGCCUUAGGACCUGUCAAUCAUCCAUCUGAGCCCUCUCUGGGCCCGCCCAGCGCGGACUCCCGCAUGCGGCGUGGGGCACUGCCGUCCCUCCAAAGUGUUCGUCUGACUGAAGCUUUUAUUUAUUAACUGAAGAAAAGCCUGCGUUCUCUUUUUCAUAUCAAUUUCAUUUUUAUGCAGCGAGGGCCAGAAUAUGGAUGGGCCCGAAUUGUUUUUUUUGUUUUUUUUGUUUUUUUGUUUUUAUGCAUUAAAAGACUUUUUCCACCGGUAUCAAA